AACAUCAGAUCUGUAAGACUCGAAAGAGAUUUAGUAAGAGUGUGGACUAGAUCUAGAGAGUACAGAGUGAGAGGAUGUCGACAAGAAGUGGCAAGCCGCUCCUCGUCGUGAUCCGACGGAGCAAGCUCUCCGCAGGAGGUGAGGGCCGCCGCAUCUGCACAGAGUUCAAGCAGGCCAUGUACCCCUUCAAGUGGAGAAGGUACAUGUGCGCAAGGUGCGGGGUGCUCCGUGAUGAGCACAGGGCCUCCAAGAGCAAGGUCUCCGCAGGAGAUGAGGGGGACCACAUCGCAGGUAAGAGCAAGCUCUCCACAGGAGAUGAGGGCGAGCACAUAGCUGGCAAGAGCAAGCUCUCCGCAGGAGAUGGGGGCGAGCACGACACCGACAAGAGCAAGCUGUUUGCAGGAGAUAAGGGCGAGCACAGCGCUGACAAGUGCAAGCUCUCUGCAGAAGAUGAGGGUGAGCGCAGCGCCAACAAGAGUAAGAUCUCUGCAAGAGAGAAGGGAGAGCGUGUCUGCACCGAGUUCAAGCAGGCCAAGUACCCCUUCAAGUGGAGAAAGUACAUGUGUGCCAGGUGCGGGGUGCACCGUAGCGAGCACAGUGUCAGCAAGGCCAAGGCCAAAGUGUACGACGACAUGGAGAAUAUCAGGGAGGAGCUCCUGCCGCCACGCAAGAGGCUCAUUCUCAGGUUCAAGCGGUCACAGGCCCUUGCCGCUGCUGCUGUUGCUGCAUCCAGGGAGAAGGAGAACAAGGAGGGGGAGCUAGAGGAAGGGGAGAUCACCUGGAGCCCCGGCUCGACGAUCACCAAGGGAAAGAGAGCCCCAAGGAGAAAGCCCUAGGAUGCACCGUAAACUGCGCAAUGCACCAUUGAGAACUUGUUAUAUGUGAAUCUCUUCAGCUAUGUGAGACAACUUGUGUACUGGUCCGAUGUACACUUCUUUAACUUUAACCAAGUCUACCCCAUAUAU